AUGGAGCCCGAGGUGCUGCGCCGCCGGCUGGCCGCGGCCGGGCAGGGCCACCUGCUGCGCUUCUGGGCUGAGCUGGGCGGCGCGGAGCGGCGGGCGCUGUGCGAGGAGCUGCAGAGCCUGGACUGCGAGGCGCUGGGCGCCUGCUUCCGCCGGGCCAUGGAGGGCGCGGGCGCGGCCGACCGCGACAAGGUGGACGGGCGGAUGGAGGCGCUGCCGCGGGCCGUGCUGGGUAGCGCCACCCGAGACGCGGACCAGCUCCCCGAGUGGGAGCGCGAAGGUCUCCAUCAGAUUUCUCAGAGCAAAGUAGCUGUCCUCCUCCUAGCUGGUGGACAAGGGACGAGACUGGGUGUUUCUUAUCCCAAGGGAAUGUAUGAUGUGGGGUUGCCAUCCCACAAAACGCUCUUCCAGAUCCAAGCAGAGCGCAUCCUGAAACUACAGCAGCUGGCUGAAAAACAGCAUGGCACCAAGUGUGUCAUUCCAUGGUACAUCAUGACAAGUGGCAGAACAAUGGAAUCUACAAAGGAGUUCUUCUUGAAGCACAAUUACUUUGGUUUAAAGCAGAAAAAUGUGAUCUUUUUCCAGCAAGGGAUGCUGCCUGCUAUGGGGUUUGAUGGCAAGAUUUUUCUGGAAGAGAAGGGCAAAGUUUCUAUGGCACCAGAUGGCAAUGGGGGGCUGUACCGAGCCCUUGGCGCCCAUGGCAUCGUGGAGGACAUGGAGCAGCGAGGCAUCUGGAGCAUCCAUAUGUACUGCGUUGACAACAUCUUAGUGAAGGUGGCUGACCCCAGGUUCAUUGGGUUCUGCAUACAGAAGGGAGCUGAGUGUGGUGCAAAGGUGGUGGAGAAGACAAACCCCAUGGAGCCAGUGGGCGUGGUGUGCAGAGUGGAUGGCAUGUACCAGGUGGUGGAGUACAGCGAGAUCUCCCUGGCCACAGCACAGAAACGUAGUUCCGAUGGCCGGCUGCUGUUCAACGCAGGCAACAUUGCCAAUCACUAUCUCUCAGUGCCCUUUCUGAGAGAUGUUAUCAACAUUUACGAACCUCAGCUGAAGCACCACGUGGCCCAGAAGAAGAUUCCGUACGUGGACAUCACCAGUGGGCAGUUGGUCAAGCCAGACAAACCGAAUGGCAUCAAGAUGGAGAAGUUUGUCUUUGACAUCUUCCAGUUUGCCAAACAGUUUGUGGUGUACGAAGUGCUGCGUGAAGAUGAGUUCUCUCCUCUGAAGAAUGCAGACAGUCAGAAUGGGAAAGACAACCCCACCACUGCCCGACAUGCCCUCAUGUCGCUGCACCAUUGCUGGGUCCUCAAUGCUGGGGGCCACUUUGUGGAUGAAAAUGGCACCCGCAUCCCUGCGAUUCCCCGCUUCACAAGUGGAAAGCCAGAUGCCAUCACAGCUGAUGUCAAUUGCAAUUUGAAGGAUGCUAACGACUUGCCCAUUCAGUGUGAAAUCUCUCCUCUCAUCUCCUAUGGUGGAGAAGGUCUGGAAAAGUAUGUGGAAAACAAAGAAUUUCAUGCGCCGUUGAUCAUUGACGAGAAUGGGAUCUAUGAGUGGGUGAAGAACAGUGUAUAGACUCUUUUGCAGGAAGCCAGCAGACCCAGCAUAGCUUGUGACUUUAGCUGUCAGACUGUAAAUCCAAACAGAUGAAGAUUGUAGCUGUAAAUGGUAGGGGCUAGUCUUGCCCUCUGAAUUCACUGGCUCGUGGCACAUGAUGGUCUCUAUAUUUUAAUUUAAAAAACAAACAUUUUAGUCAAUCCCCUAAAGCUAAGUACAGAUGUGGUGUUGCUCUCCACGCUUUGAGCAUAGGCAUUUAUUUUAAAUGUGUAUAAAAUAAUAAACAAUUGUACAUGCUGAAAGG